AUGCUUGUGCUUGGUGGCAUCCAGGGACUCGCCAUCGAUGGCACUGCAAACAUGCGCCUGCUAGACGCCAAAACGCUGGGGCUCGUCGACAUCACCGACGACAGCAUCCCGCCCUACGCCAUCCUGUCGCACACCUGGGGCGAUGAGGAAAUCACCAUCCAGCAGCUGCGGCGCCUUGGUGGCUGUUCGCAGACCACGCUGGCAUCUCCCCAGACCCUGGACAAGAAGCGAAGGGCCAUCGUCUUGAAGAAGGGCUACAUCAAGAUUGCCGGCGCUGCCCAGCUUGCUGUUAGUCGAGGGCUCGAUUACAUAUGGGUCGACACUUGCUGCAUCGACAAGACCAGCAGCGCCGAGCUGUCCGAGGCCAUCAACUCCAUGUAUCUCUGGUAUGAAAAGUCUGCCGAGUGCUAUGCCUAUCUCUCCGACGUCGAACCAGUCAUCGUUGCUGCAGAUGCCGCCGCGUUCCACGACAAUCUGCGCCGUAGUCGCUGGUUCACCAGAGGCUGGACGCUUCAAGAGCUCAUUGCGCCCAAAGAUGUCCUCUUCUAUGCCAAGGAUUGGAGCUUCCUUGGACAGAAACACACACCACCUGAAUUCACCAAGGCCAUCGGCGAAAUCACCAAUAUCGACCAAGAGGUCCUGAAUGGCAGGAUAGACCCCCUCCAGUUGAGCGUGUCUGCUCGCAUGGCCUGGGCGUCCCAUAGAAACACUACCAGACUCGAGGAUACCGCAUACUGCUUGAUGGGUUUGUUUCAGGUCAACAUGCCACUUUUGUACGGCGAAGGACGCCGCGCAUUUGCACGCCUUCAGGAGGAAAUCAUACAGCGCACCGACGACCAGUCGAUAUUUGCAUGGAGCUCCUUUGACGACCAAGACGAAGAUCCUGAUGCCCUUUUUGGCUUGCUCGCACAAUCUCCCGCUCAGUUCAAGCUUGCUGGCUCGUUGCAGGUUCUGCCGCCUUUGCCCAUAUAUGCAAGUGCGCCCUCCAGUAUGACGAACCAGGGCCUCCGCGUGCAGCUAUAUGUCCAACAACGUGCUUCCGAGGACCAGGGUGCAAUGGAAGAGGAUUAUUAUGCCAUUUUAGAUUGUGUCAAGAGGGAUGGCGAUGUUUAUCAGUGUCCCGCUCUCUAUCUGCGGCGGCUUUCCGAGGAUCAGUAUGGAAGAUUGAGACCCAAGUCGCAGCUCUUUAUGUCUCCCCCAUCCGCUACAUUUCUACCAAUGGAUGGCUAUCGCUCGGUAUACGUCAGGCAGCAGCCAAUAUAUUAUCAUCUUCCGCAGUUUAGGCUGUCCCCUUUCAAUGUGGAAUCUGGGCUCGGCUCUUCCGAUGGCGUUCAGUAUCGCUUGUUUGACAAGUAUCCCACACAGAACUGGAAUUCAGCCACCAUGACACUCAAGGUGCAAUACUCUCGCAAGCUACAGGCCAUGGGCAUCUUUAGAUUUCAGAGCGUUGAGAAGACGGACGACAAGGUGGAUGUUGUAGUCGGCUUACGUCGCUUAAACACGAUGGAAUGGGAGGGGUGGUGUUUUCAACUAUUGCACCGCGAUGUGUCCCUCGAGCACGCUUUUCAUGAGGUCAACAAAAAGAUAGAGAGCAUCAUUACCGGAUCAGGCACCAUUGAAAUCACAUCGAAAACGCUUCGUGAUUCGCUUGGACAAGACUCGUGCAUGACGAGCAGCGCGACGGUCGAGGGCAUCCAGCUUCAGGGGCGCCUCUACAUUUCCAUCCAAGUGACGCAGACGGCCGAGAUUCAAACCGACAAGCAGUUGCUCACAGUGUCUUCCCCGCACAUUAUAUUGUCUAGAGGCAACCAAAUACUGAAUUCUACCCCCGUCAAUUCGGGUGCAAGGGCUCUAACAGAGAUAUACUGUCUGGCUUCGAGUUCAUCAUUUGCACUUGACGAGUACAAACCCCUGAAUUGGGUGGUACAACCUGUCCGGUCGAGAUACUCAGCAUACGGGAAGGCAAAUGUCCGCGGUGAUUUCAUGAAGCCCAUUCACGAAUACAUCAACGUCCUCAGGCAUGAAAAAGCGGCAAAGGACUUGAGCCUCACAGACCACCUAGCCUUGGCCUUAUUUUCUGGUGAUGCACAACAAGCUGGGAUAAUCCUGGGUUACAAAAAGGCAAACAUUGACGUACAAACCGAUGACUACCACGGGCUCACGCCGCUUCACUGGGCCGUCGUGGGCGGCUCUCGCAACUGCAUCAUGCUGCUCCUUAAAGAGGGCGUCAGUACCAAGAAGUUGACAAAGCGAGGCCUGUCCGCCAUUCAUGUCGCCGUGCUCUGCAACAAUAAAGUAUACGACGACCUUGCCAGGCUCAGGGGGCAGCCAGAACGCGAACAACUUGCAAACGCAAGGACAAAUCACUAUUCCGACACGCCAUUGCACUUAGCCGCAGCUUCUACCCCGGAGAAUGAGGUUGGCGUCACUUUCUUCAAGGAGUUUAUGGACUGGAGCCUGGAAUUUACAGGGUUGACGCCUCGGAAUGCAUUUGACGAAACUCCACUCCAUCGUGCCGCCGCCGGAGACAGCGCAGCUGUCAUUCGAGCUCUGGCCACUCGCAGCUACUACUGCUACGUGGAUAACGGGGAUCAGUACGGCCGAACUCCUCUCUGGCACGCGGCUGCCGCGGGCGCUCUCAAGGCUAUUACAGCCCUGAUUCGAGAAGGUGCCUCUGUCGACCUGACGGAUGAUUUGGGGAGGAGUCCGUUGCACGCAGCCUCUAGAGGAGGACACCAUGAAGCCGUCUCCCUGCUUCUCGACAUGGGCGCAAGAACAGAUAUUGAAACCAACGUCCUAAACCUGUUACCCAUGGACCUCGCCGUCAUGUUUGGGUUCACCGAGUGCCUGAAGCUCCUCCUUGAUUCCAGAUGGCGAAUCGUAACCCAGGAAAAUAUGGACAGGACACUUCAGAUAGCGGCCUCGUUUGGGUCGUAUGAAUGCGUCAUUCUCCUUUGCCAGCAUGGCGCCAACCCGUUUGUUACUUUUGAGGAUUACCUGCGCUCAGAGGAUGGCCAUGCCGUUGUCGUCGAGGAGGAGGCCGAUGCUCAUGCUGCUGCGUUGGCGGAGAGAGAACUGCACAUUGUCCACUUUUUUGAUACCUCGGAAACCUGCAGAUAUCACCGGGAGCUCAGGCAUCCUCCCGCAGACAACAUCAGCAACAAACCUCCUGUCAUGGAAAACCUGCCGGCACCGCCAUCUUUCUCUGCUCCUGUCGGUGCUCCGCCUCCACCCGGUGCUGCAGCACCUGCACCCGGCGCGCUUCCGCCUGCAGCAGGAUCGGCUCCGGCUUUUGUGCCAGGCAGUGGGCAGCAGUAUCAAUAUGUGCCACAACCUCCAGCACAAUCAGCGCCAUCUGCCGUGCCAGUCGGCGGACAGCCAUAUCAGAACACGCCCUUGUACGGCAAUACUCCGUCUUACGCCAGUCCGGCAUAUGGCAAGGUGCCUUCUUACAACAGCCCGGCGUAUGGAAACACUCCCUCGUACAGCAGUCCGGCAUAUGGUAAUACACCCUCCUACAGCAGCCCUGCAUACGGAAGUACACCCUACACCGGCCGUCCAGGUAUCCCUUCAUCCCUGGCACCUCAGACACCUCAGCAAGGUCUCGGGAAAUACCAAUCUCCCAGUCGACUCCAGUCCACAAACUUGCCUGCCCGCGCAAGCGCCAACGCUUAUGCCCCUAUGCAACCCACGGCACCCUCACAAUCCGAACGACUUCAGGAGAUGGUGAAUCCAUACGAGCCCUACAAAGCCCAGGCUCCAAGCCAGAUUCGUCCGGCUACCUAUUCUUCGGCUCCUGCAGCGGACACUCCCAAUCAGGAUUCAAGCGUCGCUGCUCGAAACAAGUCGGUUCCAGCAUACAGAUCUGUGCCGUACCAAUCUUCCGGGGUCCCUGUGCAGCCUGUCGUUUCGGUCUAUCAGCAACAGCCGCCUUUGGGAUCGGUAGUAAAUGUCGUGGCUCCGCUUGCAUCGCCACCAGCGUCUCCGGAGGAGAAUCCUCAGAAGAGAGAUUCUAAAAGGGAGUCGGCUGGGAUAGUGGAGAUGUUUAGGAGCAGGAGAUCGUGA